AUGAAGACAUUUGUCAAUACAUGGCGCCAGUUUGCCCAUAAGUGUCGCCCUGAUGAUAGCGACAUUCUUCAACCUCGAUAUGUGCCAGAGAAAAAAUCACGUCUUUACAUUAGUAUCAGGGUUGACAAGCAUCUAGUUCCCAGCGACACUCUGAAGAAAGAGAAGAAGGCUAAGCCAGCCAAUAAUGCAGAAAAGGAUAAUAGCAAUGGUUUGGAUACCAAGCCACAAGCCAAGAAACUCACCAAGAAAUCAACUGACAAACUGCAGAAGAAAGAGCUGACAAACUUGGAGAAGGAGUCCGGCCGCACCGUGAAUGCCGGGGUCAAGUUUGAUGGCGCCACGUACAUGCCUAACCACACGGCUGAUUUCCGGUGGGCUCAGUGUGCGGAUAUGUUUGAUGUCGAGCCGAGGGAUUUGGAGGAGAUUGUGCCGCAGUGGGAGGCCAUAUUCGAGGAAAUCGGUGGGUACUGGCAGUUGGAUGGGGUUGGAGGAGGAACAGCCAACUGCUGA